CUUUCUGACGCCAUCUUUCUCGUGUUUCACUUCACCUCGUGGCCGUAGGUUAGGUUCUCCUCAGUAGCAAUGCGUACUUGGCCAUAGUGUUCCAACAACAUGGAUAUCGUAAACGAAGUUCUGCAAAAAGCAGCGAGGGAAGCAGAGAAGUUUAAACCUAUUACAGUUGAGAAGCACUUGGAAGUUGAAUUUGACGUAGGAAAUUUACUUGCUUUCGACACAAAUGAGUUAGAUACCAGAAAGUUAAGGUCCGCAACAAAUGAUUACCUCAGAGAUUUGACAAGGGACAACACACAGUUACUCUUAAAUAAAGUUUGGGAGCUGCCUACAAAGCGUGUAGAUGAAGCUAUAGUUGCCGAACUACCCAAACCAUCAUAUCUGAUUCCGAGAUCUCUUCCAGUUCCGAAACCUAAAGAACCUACCAAAUGGGAAAGGUUUGCUAAAGAAAAGGGCAUUGUUAAGAACAAAAAAGCCAAGUUGCUCUGGGAUGAAACACUUAAGAAAUGGAUACCAAGGUACGGUUAUAAACGGGCAGCUGCUGAGGAACAGAAGGAUUGGUUAAUAGAGUUACCUGGAAAUGCUGACCCAAUGGAAGAUCAGUUUGCUAAGAAAAAGAAGAUAAAGGAUGAAAAAGUUGCUAAAAACGAGCUUCAGCGAAUGAGAAAUAUUGCGAAAGCACGCAAGAUCAAAAUACCUAGAGUAGGAAUGUUGUCCACUGACAGACCUUCAACUAAGGAUCUUCACAAAGCAGCUACUGUGGCAAAGGUUUCAACUGCCUCGGUUGGGAAGUUCCAGCAAAGUUUACCCAAGGAAAAGCCAGCAAGAGAUGUAAAGAGUCUUAUGCCUGUAGCACCAGCUGCCAAGAGAAAAAAGCCAAAUCUUACUCCACAGCAGGAGAGAAAGUCUAAUAUUGACAUCAUAGACAAAAUUUUAAAUAAAAAGCCUAAAAUUGAUUUGGAAGCUGCUGUUAAUAGGGAGAUGCAUUAUCAAGAUUCAGAGCGAUCUGAAGAGAAAAAAUCACAGAAGCCUAAAGCAGGUCGUGGUGGGAAGAAAAGAAGUGCUGGUGCUGGUGGAGGCAAGAAGGGGAAAGGAAAGUUUGGUGGUGGCGGCGGUGGCAAACCAGGGAAGGCUUCUGGUAAACCAGCUGGUAAGCCAGCUGGUAAAGUUAGAGCUCAUGGAGGUGCAGGGAAAAAGGGUGGAGGUGGCCGCAAAAGAAGAUGAACCGUUGUACCUGCCUUUUAUUUAUGAACAUUCUCAAAAACUUUUGACCGUUAUAUAUUCAUUUCUUCUCAGUUCAAUUUUCUCUCUCAAGCCCACUGUUAAGUUCUUUUUGCUAAUGGAAGUUUCCUGUUGUGUCAUUGUUGAAGUAAAUAAAUUGACUUUACUCUGUUCAA